AUGGAAAAUUUGGGAGAAAAUGAACUUCCAUGGGUUUACAGCGGUCAAUAUCAAGGCGAUAUGGUAUUAUCUGAAGCACAAGCGAUGAGCAUCAACAGUCGAAAUGGAUUGGUAAAUGUUAUCAAACGCUGGCCAAAGGUUAUUCCUUAUGUAAUGGAACAUCAUACAUGGGCAGAACAAAAAUACAUUCGUAAAGCUUUGGAUCAUCUUGAAAUGUUGAGUUGCUUAAAAUUCGUACCUCGAACAUAUGAAGAGGAUUAUAUUGAUAUCACAAAUGAAGAUUUGGGAUGUUUUGCAUAUGUUGGUAGAUCGCCCGGAAGAAAUCAAUUGAAUAUCGCUCCUGGAUGGAAUGGCGUUAUUGGAGAUGGUUGUAUGUUAACGAGUGUCAUUCAUCACGAAAUGCUUCAUACUUUGGGUUUUUAUCACAUGCAAAGUAGUUGGGAUCGUGACUAUUACAUCGAUAUUCAAUGGGACAACAUUAGCGAAGGAUCUCAUACACAAUUUGAGAUGUUCAACCAUACAAUUGUCUCGCAUUUCGACAUUCCAUAUGAUUACCGCAGUGUGAUGCAUUAUCCAAAAAUCUCUAAUGCCAUUGAUUGGGAGAAACCAACGAUCAUUACGAAAGAUCCUGCAUAUCAAGAUAUCAUUGGGCAAAAUGCGGGAAUGAGUCGUCGUGAUAUCGAACGUCUUAAUCGCAUGUACGAAUGCUCAUUGUAA